GCAAAAUUAAAUGGCCAAGAAGAGAUUUACAAUAAUGAUCCAAGAAACAUAUAUGGGAUUGGCCACAUGGUAUUGUUUCUAUCAAAUAAGAACAAUGCCAUUAACCAUGAAUUAACAUGUCUUGAAGUGAAUGCUAUAAAACUCAACCAUAUCCCAAUUCUCAAACUCAUCCAACCAAAAACUGAUCUCAAAUAUAUAUUUCUUAUUCACAUCUUCUAUUCUCUCAUUUUCCCAAAUAAUUCUGAUAUUCUUUCAUAACACAACACAAAAUGAUCAGCACAAAGAAACUUAUUAAGCUUGCAAGAAAGUGGAAAAGGAUAGCAGCUGCCAGCAGAAAGAGAAUCUCUUGGCCGCGACCAGUGGCCAAUGAGGGUCACUUUGUUGUCUACACAAGUGAUGGAAGCCGGUUUAUGAUCCCUUUGGUUUGUCUGAAGAGCGAGUUAUUCAUCGAGCUCCUCAAGAUAGCCGAGGAAGAAUUUGGACUAUCAAGUUCAGGGCCAAUUACGCUACCUUGUGAUUCAAAUUUCAUGGAGUAUGCACUCUCUAUGAUUCAAAGAGGUGUAGCUGUCGACUUAGAGAAAGCCCUUGUCAUCACUUUAGGUAGCUGCAGACACUCAUCGUUGUCUCAAGAACACCGAGAACAAACUAAUCGACAAUUGUUUAUUUGUAGUUUCUAGAAAAGAAUAUUUAGGUCUCCUCUUGUACCAAACAUAUAGUACAAUUUUGCAGAGAAAAUUUACUUAUAUUUAGAAGAAUAUAUUAUUAUUUUAACAAGCUUUAAGUAUUCUAAUCAGAUAAUAGAUUUACUAAAUUUAAGAGCCAUAUUGAAUUGAAUGUUAUUCAUUUACAAUUUAUGUGUUUUAAUCAUAGAGUACGCUGAGAGAAGUAAAGGGUUAGGUAAGAAUCAAAUUUAUGACCACAACUGUGAGAAGCAUAUUUAUUACAACUAAGACAAGAUCCGAUUUCCUAUUUCGAAUAAUUAAAAGUUGAUAAUACAUGGAAGGGAAAG